GUAAAAUAAAUAUUGGCGAUUAUCGCUCUCGUACGUAAGAAGUUUCGAUUCCUCGUCGAUCGUUUCGUUAAUCGGUGCACGGAUGGUGAUAAAUGGAGCGGUGCGACGAUAAGGAUUUUACGCGAUCGUUAUUGUUACUUGAUAAAAUCGCGGGGAUGAUCGAUCAAGGCGGGAAAUUAUUAAUUAUCUAGGAGCGGUCGUAUCUAAACUCGUACAACUAUAAAUGCCAAGCUUUAAAUUACUUCCUCGCCUUUCUUCCGUCCGUUUAGCGAAUAACAACGCGUUCGUGCAUCGAUACGAAUCUGGAAGCAGCGUUGAAAAAAGGAAAAAUUAAUUACUCGUAUUUCCUUCGGAGCGUGAAAUCGAAAUCUCGGCCUCCGAGUAAUCUCGCGACGCGCGAAAUUCGGUAAAAGUCGAUCGGGAAUCGAGAUAUCGGCGAAUUAUCGAAUGCGCGACGCUUGGAUACGAUCGCGGGCCCGUAAUUGCACCGCUAUUCGUACGUUAUUGGCUCGUAUAUUAUUUGACGCGAUUCAAUAACUCGGAACCGGGGAACGUUUCGAUGUUAUCCGUUCGCCGUUAAACCGCUAUUCGCAAUAUCGAUCGCCGCUGAUGAAUGACCGUAUUUAAGCCACCGUCCUUUUUCCCGCCGAUUAUUAUUAACGUUAAAAUUGAACGCGUCCAUAGCGUCCGGUAGCGGCCGUGUUCGCGACCACGUACGAAAAAAACUUACUUCUUUCUUUCAUCCUCUUUCAUCCUCUUCCUCUUUCUCUUUCUCUUCCACUCGAGGAACGAAGAUCGCCGACGACGCGCGUUAAGGCUCCCCCCUCUCUCCCCAACCAACUAGGAACGCCGCGGCUGCGCAAACGGCAGAAGAGAGACAGAGAAACAGAGAGAGAGCGUAAUUUAUCGGAGGCAUCGAGAGCAAACGAGACGAGGGUUCGAGCGCUCUUUGUUCACAUCGGAUCCGAAUUGCUCGCACGUGUAAACCGUUGGGUUACGCGAGAAACGUCGCAUGCUGAACUAUCUCGUCGCUUCUCGAGCGACAAUUUUGAUCUUAUUACGAGACGUAACGCCUCGACGGGAAGGGGAAAGGAAGAGAAAGAAAUUUUUUUUUUAGAAUAACGAAGGAGGAGGGGCGAUUAUCGACGCACGAAAAUAAUGUAUUUUGCACGGAGCGCGCGUGGGCAUCGGCAGAAAUAUAUGAACAAUCCUUGCGUACGAUGUACCUGCGCUCCCGGGGAGACUACCUGCGGCUAAUUUACAGCGAGCCGCGCGGAUAACUUCCGUCGUUAUUCUCCUCGCGCUUUCCCCUUCCUCUCCUUCCCUUCUUCGAGUUUCUUCUUCUUCUUCUACGUAACGGGUAUCGCGAUUAGCCUGAAAUACGAAGGGAACACGAGAGGAACUCGGUUGCGUUCGUUGUUGCGUAGGUUGAUCCGGAUCCGCCGACCUUCCUCUCCCCUCCCCCAGCCCUGCCUGUCGUUUCGGCCACGAGAGCUCAAGGGACACCACCUCUCGACGACCACCUCGACGAUCGAAAGGAGGAUCGCGGCCAAAUAACGUGGAUGGACGUAUUCGCUGCCGACUCGCCGCCGCGUCUCCCGUUGCGAAUUGAAAUCGGCGGCGAUCCGAUCGAUCGAAAUGGACGAGACGGAAGCGAAGAGCGAGCCUGAACCCGAUAUUAAAUCCAUCGAGUGCGACGAUGAGGACGCGCCGAUCACGACCACGACCAAGAACGCGUUGAUAACGACCCAGUUGGAUCCUUGCGACGUUUACCCGCAUCGCGUCAAGGUGUCGAUCGUCGGCGUGGGGAAGAUCGGGAUCGCCUGCGCCAUCGCGAUCCUCAUGAGAAGGAUGGCGAGCGAGGUCUGCCUGAUCGACCACGACGCGAACAAGGCUUCCGCCGAGGCCGAGGAUAUUCAACACGUCGGCUUCUUUUUGGGAUGUCCGCUGGUAACUGGCACGUCAGAGAUCAGUACGGUGAAGGAAUCGGCCGUGGUGAUAAUUUGCACGCCGGAGACGCCGCCGGGCGAGAAUCAGAACGUGAAGCACAACUUGAAGGUGUUCAAGAAGAUCAUACCGGCCAUAGCGAGAUUCGCCGCGAAAUCUGUGCUGCUGAUAGUGACGCGGCCGGCUGACGUGAUGUCCUACAUCGCGUGGAAAUUGUCGGGAUUCCCGUCGAACCGCGUGCUCGGGAUCGGCACGCUGAUCGACUGCGCCAGGCUCCAAGAUUUCGUUAGCAGGCGAUUGAACGUGGCGCGAAGCUCGGUCAGUUGCAUGACGAUCGGCUCUCAAGGAGACAUGGCUGGUACAUAUUAUCAUCCCCCCUCUCCGUAUUUUUUCCCCUAUCAUCCCUGUCCCCAUCCUUUCGCAGUUCCCCUCUGGUCGAGCAUCUCCGUGGGCGGAAUGAAGCUUCGGGACAUAAAUUCGAGGAUAGGGGAGCAGGACGAUCCCGAGAAGUGGUACGAAAUCGAGGAGAACGUGAAGAGCGUGGGGAAGGAGCUCGAGGAGAAGAAGGGAUCGUGUUGCUGGGGCGUCGCCAUUUCCACCACCGAGAUCGUCGACGCCAUCGUUAGGAACACGAAAGUCGUGCUCCCCGCGUCAACGCACAUCCUCAGUUGCGCCCACGGCACGGACAAGGACGUGUACAUGUCCGUGCCCUGCGUGAUCGGCCGCGAGGGCGUCUACUGCACCGUGCGACAAAAAUUAAGCGAGCAGGAGAAGGCCGCGGUGCAGACGUGCGCCGACAACAUUCGAAACAUUUUGCGGGAGUCGGGCAUCCUUCAGGAGAACAACAACGAGGCGGAGCAAUGAGCGAGAGAGAGAGAGAGAGAGAGGAAAGGGACGCGCUAGCGGAAAUUGCACGGCAAUUUUAGAAGGCGUCUUGAUCGAUAACGAGCGUGCGUAUCUGGCGACCGGUUCUUCUCUGUAUAUAGAUAUAUGUAUAUGUAUAUAUGCUCGAUCGGUGUAUAAUAAAUGACAGUAGAGGAAUCGA